UCGUUAAUCACAAAAAUUUACCGUUUCUAAUUGCAAUUAGUCAACACUUACUCAAAAAAAUUACUACUACUAGUUAUGUCUGCCGCGGAGGAGAAGAAGCCAAAAGCUUCAAAAGAGAAGAAGACCAAAACAGCUUCACAUCCUCCAUAUUUUCAGAUGAUUAAGGAGGCUUUGUUAGCUCUGAAAGAGAAAAACGGUUCAAGUCCUUACGCUAUAGCCAAAUUCAUGGAGGAGAAGUUUAAGUCGGUGCUUCCAGCGAAUUUCAAGAAGAUGUUGAAUCUGCAGCUGAAGAAUCAAGCUGCCAGAGAGAAGCUGGUGAAGAUCAAGGCUUCGUAUAAGCUAUCUGAAGCCGAGAAGCCGAAGAAGAGCACGAAGGUUACGAAGGGUGACGUGGCGGAGAAGAAGAAACAGAGCCAGAAAAGGAAGAGAAAUGUUACGGUUGGUGGUACGAAGAGUAAGAAAAAUGAGGCGGUUAAGAAGGUUGUGAAGAAGAAGAAAGGUAAGAAGGUUUCUGGGCCUGGGAAGCCCAAACAGCCCAAGUCCAUUAAGUCGAAUAAUAAUAAGAGGGCUAGAAAAGCUACUGUUGCUAAUGCUUGAAGUUAGAUUAUGAUGAUAGAUUAUUAGUGACUGAAACAAUGUAAUAUAUGUGUAAAAAUACGAAUAAUAACUAACUAGUUGUAGUAGUAUGCUCUCUUUUUGUUCAUGUAUCCUAAGCUCUCUAUUGUGUAUAUGAAUCAAGUGGAGCUUUUUAUACAUAUGUUAAAAUUUACUUUUUGAUA